AUGUCGACCAUGAAGCCUUCAGUCGUGGAGGAGGAAUCCCACGUGAACCAAGCACCAGUCAAGAAGAGCUUCGGUGCGCGUCUCGCCGCCCAUUUCAAGAAAUGGUGGUGGGUGCACUUGAUUAUAUUCAUCGCCUGUUUCCUAAUUAUCCUCCUGCCGAUUGUCUACGUCGCCUAUCCUAAGAUCGCACAAAGUGCCGUCAACGACUCGACCCUCGAUAUUACCGAGAUGAUCAUCAGCAACCCAACGCCCGAGUCCUUCCAGCUUGAGCAGAGGCAAGUCCUCGGCACGCACAGCUCUUACCACCCCGAGAUCUACUCUUUCGAUUCUGAGGUCUCGUUGGCCGGAGCGGACUCAUUCGCUCAUGUUACUGUCCCGGCUGUGAAGUCGAAGGAUGGCGCUGAGAUUCACUUCGAGCAGAAGGUUAAUUUGACCGAUGCCCCUGCGUUCACGGAGUAUACUACUGCUGUUAUGUUGAAUGAGGAGGUUUCGUUGAAUAUUUAUGGAAGACCUGGACUGAAGGAGGGUGGUCUGCCUAAGACCACGGUUACUUAUAACAAGACUGUUGUUAUGAAGGGUUUGAACGGAUUGAAGGGUUUCAAUGUACCCGAGUUCUUCAUCGUCUACCCACCCAAGAACGGCAUUGGAAUGAACGGCACCGUCGUUAUCCCCAAUGCCUCGGUCAUGACCAUCACAAUGGGCAACGUAACCCUGGAUCUCAAACUGAACGGCAAACCAAUCGGACAGACCUUCCUGAACGACCUAGUCCUCAAGCCAGGCAACAACACCGUGCCAAUGCUGGGCGCAGUUGACCAAGCCACCAUCAUCACCCUGCUCCUGUCAAAGGACAAUCCCUACAAAGACGGCGUUCUUCCCUUCGACAUCACCGGAAACGCGACCUCAUACAACGGAAAGGAACUGCCGUAUUUCACCAAGGCCCUCGCUGCAAAUAAAAUGAGGGUCGAGUUGGAUGUUCGUGCUGCACUGAAGGUUGCCGGAGUUGAUCUUGAUAAGUUAGCUUGA